AGAAUGAGACGGAGAGAGAUAGAGUGCUAAAGAAUCGGAGGAGAGCACUACUGAUGACUAAAGGACUACCACACACGAGUGACACACCAAGAAGAAGAGGAACGGAGAAGCAUGUGGACCAAAGGGGAUGAUAAGAAAAGAACAAACCAGCAAAGCCCAGAAAAGCCAUCCAACUCAUCAUCUGUGGCCCACUGGUUGGAAACUGAGAAAAUCUUUGACUGUGACGUCCAAUCGGAAGUAGCUCAAGUAGUAAGAAGAUCACUAAUGAAAGAAAGUUAAGAGUCCACAGCUUUACUGGAUAUUGAAUUCCUUCCAACAGCUUCCAACAAACUCUUUCACAUAAAUUAAUUUAGCUAAACAAGAGCUGGAAACAUUUUGGAUUUCUGUUAGAUAUAAUCUUGUUGGUGGCUGAUGUCACUGCUUGCCUCCAUCCCUUUCAGCUCCUCAGGGGGCUGAGCAAGCCUGCAGAGGAGUAUGGGCAGGAGGGUGGCUGACCCAACAAAUCCAGUCCCUGCACUGGGAGUUCCCCUGGCGGGGGGGCGAUGGGGCCCACUGUGCAGCGUCGGGGUGCAGACAUCUCCCAGACUUCGGACUCUACCCUCCAUCAAACGCCACGGCAGCCAACCAACCAACACGCAUCGGCUCCUCACCAUGGCAACAGACAAAACAACAACAAAAGCAGAGGCAGGGGGAGUUAUCAGAAGUGACAGCAACAGUCUGCCUGUGUCGAAAGAGACAUCUCAAAACGAGAUCAACAGCCUGACACAGGACGACAUGGGGUCACAGGGAUCAGGCAGUGGAGUUUACUGCCAGAUCAAAAACAUACGGACAAACCCAAAUGACACGAGAGGUAAAAGGACAGCUCGGUACACAAAUGGCAGUGUGGUAGCCUCUGAUGUGGUAGGAGGGGUUUGCAGUGAAAAUACAGAAGGUAAGGAGCCAUCCCAAGAGAGGAGAAGGGUGCAGUCUCUACGAGGGGAGGGCCAUCGUACGGUAUUAAAGACGGGGAGCAUUUGUACGACUGUACACGCCACCCCACCUCGGCCCUGCAGAGUAAUGACGACUUCUCCGCCUCGCCUUUGUGGGACAUGUGGGAGGAGAAGAUCUCAGAUUACGCCGUGCACCGGUGCAUGUCGCAGGAGGGCUGUUAAUCAAAUAACAGCUAGCCAGACUUUACCUAAUCCGCCACGCAAACCGCCUGUGGUUCCCAAUCAGUCAAGAAAAGACUCUGCUGCUAUGAACUCUGAGUCUUGCACCAAAAAACCAGACACAGCCAACACACAAUACCACACAUCAGUAAAGACUACUCAAUUAUCACAGCUGUCGCACACUAUACCAAAAGCGCACAGUUCACACUCAAACCACACAACACACACUCAGAACAAAACCAAAGAUUCACAGCAGCAGACGAGGCCGCACUCUGCAGACUUUACCUGUUACAAGGACUCAGCCACGCAGACAACAGAUACACAAACUAACACAGAUAGGACCACAGCUGACACACACACACAACAAACACCCACACCAACUUUAGAGGUGACAGAACCACACUCAAAUGACAAACAGAGUCACGUUGUGGCUCACAGUCAACACACUGAUGAAGACGCGCAUCAGCACACAGUAGCCAGUAUUUCUUCUAAGUCUCCAGCUCCUUUUUGUCACAGCGACUCAAAAUCUAGCACCACCCCACCUAUUCCACCAAAAAACUGUCCUGCACCCACUCACUCCAAACCAGCCACAUCUGUAGCGCAAACUAAAACCCAGGAGACCACAAAUAUACCCAAGCGAUCCUCGGAACGGCUCAAACUCAAGGACUACACAAAACAGAAGAGCAAAUCUUUUGAUGGCCACAGUCUGCCUUGUAAGACUCACAUGAAAGCACAGUGCAAUGGGGCACCAGGAGGACUUCUGGAUGGACAUGCAGUACAAGCGCCACGUGGGCUGGAGAAGCAGCUGCAGAGUGUGGAGGAGAACCUGCUGUCCAAUCAGGAGAAGAUAAAGGUGCUUCUCAACGUGAUUCAAGACUUGGAGAAGAGCAAGGCCUUCAGCGAAGGUCGCAGCUCAUACAGAACUGGUCAGGACAUAAACAACUGCCCCACCUGCCAAAAGACAGCCUGCAUCAUCUACAGUGUGGAGCAUGAUUUUAGGCAGCAGGAGGGACGCUUCCAGGGGGUUAUAGAGGCCCUAGAGGGGGAAUAUGAUGUGCCUGCACCAACUCUGACCAAGCCCAUGCCAGCCCCCACAUCUGCCAGUCGCCCCACCACCAAAGCACGGGUCAAGAAAUUGCGCAAGAAGUGUUUCUGGUGGCUCUAAACUCUAAGCACUGGAAAAGCCACAACUGCCCUUCCGGGCAGCAGGUGCAGGAGCAGAUUAUAUUUCAGGGGACCUAAAAUGUUGCAGAAUAAAGCAUCUCUCUCAUGUGGGUGUGGAUUGAGUUUAAGUUUAUAUUCAACAGGGGAUCUUUUCUGAGCAGCAUCCAUAUAAAUGGCACAUUUUCUACAGCAACCAAUCCUGAACCCUGACAAAGUACACCGGUGACCAGGUAUUUCAAAAACACACUAAACAAGGAGAAGAGGACAAAGGAAGCUGUUAAACUUCUCUGCCUGGGAGAAAUACUGAGAAAGAGGCUAUCCCUUCUCUUUCUCUGCAGAAACCAAUCUUUUGUGGCUAAUUUGAGAUUACAUUUUUGCCUGGAAGUGAGGACAGUGUUUUUCAAUAACAAAUCUGUUGUAGACAGAUGAAGCAUUGUCACAUUGGAUAUCAGACAGCAUACAGUUUGUCUCUUGGCUGAAUGGCUAUCUCAACAGACGGACAGAUGUACCAGCUGGGAAUGAAUUUUUACAACGGUUUUGGAUAAAUUACAGCAAUAAGCAGGGGAAUCUAAAUGAAUUUGAAAAACAAAGGAAUAUAAGAACUAAUUUGAAUGCUAUGUCUCUGGAUGGCUUGACAGCCAAAAUGUGAAUGUAGCGACAACUGAAGCACUUGAAGGAUAUCACUGGAAAACGAGCUGAUGAACUGUCUGGAUACAGAGCUUGCUCACUGAGUCAUCAGGAUUUUGCAGAGAAAGAUUGUAUUAAGAAUACAUUAAGAGACAACGUGAUAGGCAGCUGAUUGAAGACUGACAGUAUGUGUCAGAUAAUUAAAAUUUCUGUCAACCCUGA